AAGCUCCUCCACCAGAUACCAAGAUGGAGCUGGUGAUCGGGUGUGUGGGCAAGCCCAGCGCGGGCAAAUCAACGUUCUUUAACGCCGUGACGGACGGCAAGGCGAAGGUGGGCAACUUUCCCUUUACGACCAUCGAGCCGAAUGAGGGCAUCACGUACUACAUGACGCCGUGUCCGUGUCUGGACAAGAACAAGACGUCGGUGUGCGCCCCACGCUACGGUAAAUGCGAACAGGGCACGCGCUACAUCCCCGUGAAGCUGUUGGACGUUGCUGGUUUGAUUCCCGGCGCAUCAGAAGGCGCAGGUCUCGGUAACAAGUUUCUUGACGACCUGCGCCACGCCCAAGUACUCAUGCAUAUCAUCGACGUGUCUGGCCACACGAACGAGAAGGGCGAAGAGACCGUGGGAUACGACCCCAUUAACGAUGCUGACUGGCUAGACACGGAGAUCCACCAGUGGGUGUUUAAUAACCUGUGGAAACGCUGGACUUCCAUUGCCAGAAGGCAUAAAGCCACCAAGAGCAGUCUACAGGCCACCUUUGUCGGCCAAUUGUCGGGCUAUGGAGCUACACCCUCGCUGGUGAGCAAAGUGCUGGAUCGGCUGAGUGCUAAGGAGCCGGUAGAUUUGUCGACGUGGGGAGAAGAGGAGGUGCACAACUUGGUGAAGAUAUUCCUGGACAUUCGCUUCCCCACGGUGCUCGUGCUCAACAAGGCCGAUCAGGGCGACGACACGGACCGUAAUAUUGAGAAGAUCGUCGAGAAGUACGGCAGUGACCGCUGCUUUGUAGCUAGUGCAGCUGCAGAGUGUUUCCUUCGAGCAGCCAACAAGCAGCGCUUUAUUCGCUAUGAACCAGGAUCCAUGUUUUAUUCGACGUUAGAAGAUGACGACGAGGAGCAGGCCAAGGCUGACGCCGAGAAAGGUCUGGGUCCAUUAAAGCCGAUUGAGAAGAAGAUCCACAGACGUCUGGAGCGUAUUUCCGACAUGGUUCUGUUCCGUUAUGGAAGUACAGGCGUUCGUGCUGCCAUCAAUGCAGCGGUGGAGCUGGCUGACGUGGUUGUGGUGUAUCCGGUCAAGUCGUUGAAGAGCUUCGCCACCAACACCACACCAGGAGCAACCAACAAGGGCAUCUUCGCUGACGCUGUGAUCGUUAAACGUGGCACCACAAUCAAGGAGUUGGCCAUGCGAGUCUCGCAGUUCUUGGGUUCCAAUCUCGCCUACGCUGAAGGCGAAGACGGUCGGAGGCGCGCUGAAGACGAGCCCAUUACAAGCAACAACCUGAUCAUCAAGUUCACUACGACCAUCGCGUCGUCCACUUUGACGCCAUCGGACAGCUCUGCAACAGAUAAGGAAGGCAAGAAGGGAGUGAAAAAAGGAGCCAAAGCAGGACCCAGCAAUGUCGAGGAAUGAGAAAGUAUAGAGAAGAGAGCACUGGGUUAAAGGCAAUGAACAUGUUUUAGACCUGUCCUUUAGGCGGAAAGGUUGAGGAAAGAGAACGAUGUGAAUACUUCGAGUCUCUUGAAGUCAAGAGAGAUUGUGCGC